AUGGAAAUAGAGGCAAGGAGAGAUCAAAAUUGCAGCAACAAGAGCAGCAAGACUACUAGCGAUGGCAUUAAUGGUGCAGAAGACACAGGCUAUGUAGAUUGGAAGGGCAGACCUUCCAACCCUCACAAACAUGGUGGAAUGAGAGCUGCAUCCUUUGUUCUUGGGCUGCAAGCAUUUGAGAUCAUGGCGAUAGCGGCAGUAGGGAACAAUCUGAUAACAUACGUGAUGAAUGAGAUGCACUUCUCGUUGUCCGAGUCGGCCAACAUCGUCACCAAUUUCGUCGGGACGGUGUUCAUCCUGGCACUCCUUGGUGGCUACCUCUCUGACUCUUAUCUCGGCUGUUUCUGGACCAUGCUCAUCUUUGGCUUCGUUGAGCUUUCUGGAUUCAUCUUGCUGUCAGUCCAGGCUCAUGUUCCACAACUGAAGCCACCCAAGUGCAACAGCACUAGUGGAGGAGGCAUGGAGCACUAUGAUUGUAAGGAGGCAAAAGGGUUCAAGGCAUUAAUCUUCUUUGUGGCCCUCUACUUAGUGGCAUUAGGGAGUGGAUGUGUUAAACCAAACAUGAUUGCACAUGGGGCAGACCAAUUCCAGUACCAUCAUAAUCACAAUCAUAAUCAAGAUCAAGAUAAUCACAAUCAUCAUCAAGGCACCAAAAAGAAGCAGCAGCAUGACCAGUCCAAGCAGCUCUCCACUUACUUCAACUCUGCCUACUUCGCCUUCUCAAUGGGUGAACUUGUAGCUCUCACCCUCCUCGUUUGGGUCCAAACCCACUCUGGCAUGGACGUUGGCUUUGGUGUCUCGGCUGCUGUCAUGGCCAUGGGCUUGAUCUCCUUGGUCUCUGGCACCCUUUUCUACAGGAACAAGCCCCCUCAACGCACCAUCUUAACACCCAUUGCCCAAGUGUUUGUAGCUGCUUUCUUGAAGCGAAAUCAGAUCUCUCCAUCCACCCCACAAAACACGACAACCACCAACAACGUUGUCCACACACAAAGAUUCAGGUUCCUCGACAAGGCCUCCAUGAGAAGCACCGACAACGGAACAACUGAGAGCCCAUGGCGGCUAUGCACCACGAGCCAAGUGCAACAAGUGAAGAUCCUCAUCUCCGUCAUCCCAAUCUUCGCGUGCACCAUCGUCUUCAACACCAUCCUCGCCCAGCUCCAGACCUUCUCCGUCCAACAAGGCCGCGCCAUGGACACAAAGCUCACACCUUCCUUCGACAUCCCGCCAGCUUCCCUCCAAGCCAUCCCUUACGUCAUCCUCAUCGUCCUCGUCCCUCUCUACGACGCCGUAUUCGUCCCCACGGCCAGAAAGCUCACCGGCCACGAGUCGGGCAUCACCCCGUUGCAAAGAAUCGGGUCGGGCCUCUUCCUCGCCACGUUCUCCAUGGUGGCGGCAGCCGCCAUGGAGAACAAGAGGAGGGAAGCAGCGGUUGAGGACAACGUCAGGAUCUCGAUAUUUUGGAUCACACCGCAGUUCCUCGUAUUCGGUUUGUCCGAGAUGUUGACCGCCGUAGGUCUCAUCGAGUUUUUCUACAAGCAGUCGCUCAAAGGGAUGCAGUCGUUCUUGACCGCGAUUACCUACUGCUCGUACUCGUUCGGGUUUUACCUAAGCUCGGUUCUGGUCUCGUCGGUAAACAAGAUCACCUCGAGGUAUUCUUCUUUGGGUCAUGGUUGGCUCGGUGACAAUGAUCUUAAUAAGGAUAGGUUGGAUCUCUUCUACUGGAUGCUGGCGGUGUUGAGCUUCGUCAACUUUCUCAACUAUCUCUUUUGGGCGAAUUGGUACUCUCCUUGUGAUAACAAAGGUCAUGAAGAUCAUAUGGGUGGUGACGAUGAAGCCAUACCCUAG